UCCUGAGAGACUCACCUGAGCGCCUGGCGUACCUUUGCGCACAGGUAUCGCUGUUUUGUAGAGCAGCGGAUCAGGAUCGACUGGAGGUGGGGGGGAACUUUUUACCUGCUAUGGCGGAGUCUCAGCUGGUGUGCAUGGACGAUGAGCACGUCAACGAGAAGGUCCCGGAGUCCAGACCGGAGUUUUACUACAGCGAGGAGCAGCGGGCGGCCCUGGAGCAGCUCCUGAGGAACGGGGACGGUGCCUUCAAGAUGCGGCUCAAAGAGGACAACAUCAAGGACUUCCUCUCCGCCAGGGAGGUGAAAGUAAUCAGGAAAACGUUUCACGAAUACGACACGGACAGCGACUCUGAGUCCGGAGAGCACGAGAAGUCCAAAGAGUCCUCCAGCGCGGACUCCGGGGUCCACUCUACCUACUGGCCCCAGAUGUCCGACACCGAGGUCCCGUCUCUAGACAUCGGCUGGCCGGGCAGCAGCGGCCUCUACAAGGGGGUGACUCGGGUGUCCGUGUACACCCAUCCACCCAAAGAGCCCGGGCCGCACAUCAAGGAGGUGGUGAGGAGACUCAUCCAGGAAGCACACAAGGUGGUGGCCAUUGUCAUGGACCUCCUGACAGACCUGCAGAUCCUCCAGGACCUGCUGGAUGCCUCAUCACGACGCGGGGUGGCUGUCUACGCUGUGCUGGAGGCCAGUGGAGUGCCUCACUUCCUGGAUAUGUGCGCUCGGCUGCAGAUCAACGCAGUGCAUCUGCGGAAUCUCCGUGUGCGCAUGGUGAAAGGUGCAGGGCUGGCCCUGUCAUUUGGAAAGCUGCCCGGCUCCCUGUGCUCCAAAUACAUGCUGGUAGAUGGAGAGAAAGUAAUGUUUGGGUCUUACAGCUUCACCUGGAGUUCCUCUCGGAUGGACAGGAACAUGAUCACCGUGAUGUCGGGACAAACUGUGGACUUCUUUGACAAUGACUUCAGGGAGCUGUACGCCGUGUCUGAGCAGGUGGACCUUUACAGGGAGUUCAACAUCACCAAGCCGCCUAUUCCUGUGCCCAUAACGAAGCCGAAGGUGGAGGAAAUCCGGCAUGUGCCCGUCUCCAUGUCUCGCUUUCAAGUAUCUGUUGGGGACUCCAGACAGAUCGACCUAAAGGUGCCUGCACAUAAAUACCAUAAUCCUAAGUACUCUUUAGUUUUUGGGAACAGUAGGGGCCUAACAGGUUCCCUACAAGACCUGUCGACUCCGAGCGACUCGCUGGUCGGUGGGCUGAACCACAGGAACGGCCUGCAGAACGGCAUCCUUCGUGCCAACGGGAACAGUGGGGAGAAGGUGGACCGAGUCUCCUCACAGAGUCCUGGUCCACCUGCAGAGGAGGAUGAUGAGGAUGGAAAGGGAGGGUUGAAGAAGAACCUGGCCGCUGGAGCGAAGAAACAACGCAGCUCCUUCAGGCACUUCUUGAAAGGCAGAGGCAAUCACAGCACAGAUACUAUACAGGAAGGCGUGGUCACUCCUCAGAGCCCCGCCCCCACCUGUAAAGAGACCCAUGCUGUCGCAGGAACUGAGCUGGAGGACUCGUUUGAGAUCAUUGAGAAACCAGGUCCACCGAAAUCCAAAACCAAGAGGCCCUCAAAGAUCCUUCAGAGAAGCAUGUCUCUGCAGACCAUCAACACAGGAGACGAAGACGCAGGAUCCAAAAGCCGCCGGCGGCAUCAAAAGAAGAACUGCAUCCAGUCAUGAGAUCAAUAACUAGUCAGUCGUUAGAGUUAGAGCACCGCAGGAUCUCGUGGUUAAACGUGCUGCGACCGCUGAGUCACAGUAUCACCUUACAGUAACCAGGUGACUUUACAAGAAAUGAGUGCCUGGCCUGUUUCACCGCUUCAGUUUUUGGGGAACGUCCUUACAGGAGCAACCACAAAUUAGAUGUUGUUAAACUAAUCAUGUGAGGAAAACCUUAACAUUGUAGCCAAAGUGCUGAAGGAGGGAGAUUUUAUUGCCAUUAUUUUGUGUUUGUAUGUUUUUUUUUUUUUUUUAUUAAAUUAUUCAACAAUUAAGUGUUGUUUUUACAUAUUUCACUUGUAUACCUGAACCUGAACGCCACAGAGCAGCCCGGGCUGUGAUCCGGGUGGCGUGGGCGGGUUACAUCACGUCUGUGUAUUAACCUGGUUGCUAUAGAGACAGGAAAAGUGAUCAGGUGUGCUGUUGUCCCUGAGCAUCACCUUGCAGAGGGUAACAGAAUAAGUGUUCAUCAAAGUGUGUUGUACAGCCUGCGAAUAAUGUACGCUGUGGUGAGUAGUGCAGUGUUGACACAGCCCUGCUGUAUGAGGACUUUGCACUUUGGGAUUUUGUUUUUUUAUCCAGAUGAAACUAGCAGAGAUUAAAAUGUGAAUCCUUGAGAACCACUUGAUGCAAAUAAUCACAGUUUUGUAGCAGAAAUGGAAUUAAAGAAGUGAAAAACA